AUGCACUGGGUGCCUCAUAUCGUGCUGUUUGCCGCUGUCUCCCCUGCUCCUGCCCCUGCCCUUGGGUUCACUUCCUACAACAGAGCCCUGGGGAACCUGGCAGCUGUGGAAAGCCAGCUCUCUCUUGUGGCCCAGGAAACAGAAAUUCAGCCAGCCAGGAGACAAAAAAAAAAACAGAAACCAGCACACAGAGAUAAAAACGUGAAGAAGAAAGUGAACAUAACUUCAGAGCACCCAAAGUGCCUCCUUGAAGCUGAGCACGAUGGUGAUUUGCCGGCAAUUGACCUUCUUCAUGAUCUUCCCCAGGGGGACUUUCUCUCUCAGAGCUCAGACCUUGCACAUGGCCCCUAUGACCCACCUCCUGAAAUUGGAGGCUCUGGGAAACAGCUGAUUAUUCCCACCACCCAGGCCAGAGUCCAGCACAGGGACUGUGCUGCGGUUGCUGCCACCUGCUCCAAGAAGGCCUACCUGGAUCCCGGGGCCAUGCUGCCUCGCUCAGCGGCCACCUAUGACCGGCCCAUUGCCGACAUGCACUCUGCAGCCCAUGGGCCUGGAGAGGCCUCGGCCAUUCAGAGCCUUAUAAAGUACAGUGGCAGCUUCGCCCGGGAGGCCGUGGCCGUGCGCCCUGGUAGCUGUGGCAAGAAGAGCCCCUUUGGAGGUUUGGGCACCAUGAAACCUGAGCCUGCUCCCACCUCUGCAGGUACCCCCUCAGCCCAGGCCUGAUUCCCACACCCUGGAGGCCCUGCAGUGGGUGGCGGCCGGCAGCUGAAGCGGGACCCUGAGAGGCCCGAGAGUGCCAAGGCUUUUGGGCAUGAGGGCUCUGGUGCUCAGGGUGAGGCAGAAGUGCGACACCCGCCCAUGGGCAUUGCAGUGGCCGUGGCCCGACAGAAAGACAGUGGCGGCAGUGGCAGGCUGGGGCCUGGACUGGCAGACCAGGAGUGCUCUUUGUCAUUUAGUGACGUCAAAGGGCACUGCCGUGAUGAGGACUGUGUGGAUGACCGGGCCAGGCACCGGGAGGAGCGGCUGCUGGGGGCACAGCUGGACUGGGAUCAGGAGAAGUGGCUCAGAGACAGUAAGGAGCUGGCAGACCUGGCCCGCCUGCAGCCUACCAGCUGUGCUCCUAACGGCCUCACCCCCAACCUCAUGGUGACCGGGGGCCCGGCGCUGGCGGGCUCAGGGCGCUGGUCUGCUGAGCCCGCAGCGCAUCUGGCCAUGCACCCCUGGUUGCCCCACUCGGGCAGCACAUCCAUGUGGCUCGCCGGACACCCCUAUGGCUUGCCGCCCCCAUCUCUGCACCAGAGCAUGGCCCCUGCGUUUCCACCCGGCCUGGGGGGCUCCCUGUCGGCCUUCCAGUUUGUCAGGGACCCCCAGUCAAGCCAGCUGGUGGUCAUUCCCAGCAAUCACCUGCCUCACUUCGUGGAGCUGAUGGAGUGGGCCACCGUGCCACCCCUCUGGCCCACUGUAUACCGGCCGGGCCGCAGCCCCCUGCACCACGCCCAGCAGCUGCAGCUUUUCUUGCAGCAGCACUUCCUAUGGCAGCAGGAGUUCCUGUACCUGCAGCAGCAGGCGGCCCAGGCCCUGGAACUGCAGAGGAGCGCCUAGCUACUGCAGGAGCGGCUGAAGGCACAGGAGCACCGGGCAGAGAUGGAGGAGAAGGGGAGCAAGGGGGGUCUGGAGGCCCCAAGCAAAGGUGGCCUGGCCACCGCUGGCCCUGGGCUACUGCCUUGGAAGCCCCCCUGCCUGGCCGCCGGCCCUGCAGGCACCUAUGGCAAGGCUGUGAGCCCGCCACCAUCGCCCCAUGCGUCCCCUGUGGCUGCCCUGAAAGCCAAGAUCAUCCAGAAGCUGGAGGAUGCAUCCAAGUCACCCGCUUAUGCAUACCCUGCCACCCCCACUCCGUCCCACCCCACCAGCUCACCACCCACCUCUCCGCCCCCCACCCCGGGUAUCACCCACAAGGAGGAGGCCCCCGAGAAUGUGGUCGAGAAGAAAGACUUGGAGUUGGAGAAGGAAGCCCCCAGCCCCUUCCAGGCCUCGUUCUCAGAUAUCCCACCCAGGUACCCGUUCCACCAGUACGGGAGGCCCUACCCUUUCCUGCUGCAACCCACGGCGGCUGCUGACGCAGAUGGCCUGGCCCCAGAUGUGCCACUCCUGGCUGAUGGGCCUGAGCGCCUGGCACUCUCGCUGGAAGACAAGCCUAUCCAAUUCCCCUCCAAGAUCCCAGAGCCGCUGCGGGAGGGCCCAGAGGAAGAACCACUGGCCCAGCGGGAGGUGAGGGCGGAGGUGGAGGACAUGGACAAGGGUCCCGCAAAGCUGCUGCCUCUGGAGUUGCUGCUGCCCCUGCCCGCUGCAGAAGCCAUGGCCACCCCGAGCCCUGCAGGCAGUUGUAGAGGUGGCCUGUUGGAGGCCCAGGCGCUGAGUGCCACCGGGCAGGGCUGCGUGGAGCCCUCCGAGUGCCCAGACUUUGCAGAGGGGCCUGAAGCUCGGGUGGAUUCCCCAGGCUGGACAGAACCCUGCAUGACUGCCCUGGACCUGGGGGUGCAGCAGGCACCUCAGACACUGGUGGAGACCAAGGAGGAGCCCGUGGAGUUGUCUGUGGCAGUGCCCAUGGCAGAGGCAGUGCCUGAGGAAGGCCUGGCCCAGGCAACCCCAAGCGAGCCCCAGCCCAGCCUUCAAAUGGACUGUGACGUGCCUGCUGGGGAGGGACAGUGCCUGAGCCCGGAGCCCCAGGAGGCCGUGCCUGUACCCAGCAGCACUUGCUACCUGGAAGAGGGAAGCUCUGACCAGUUCCUGCCUUGCCUGGAGGACCCACUGGCUGGCAUGAAUGCCCUGGCAGCGGCUGCGGAGCUGCCCCAGGCCAGGCCUCUGCCCUCCCCGGGCGCUGCCGGAGCCCAGGCUGUGGAGAAGCUGGAAGUGGCCAAGAGCCUUGUCCUGGAGCAGAGCUUCCUGCACUGGAUCACCCUGCUGAGCGAGAUCGCAGAGCUGGAGCUGGAGAGGAGGAGCCAGGAGCUAGGAGGUGUGGAGCGGGCCCUGGUGGCAUGGCCCUCCCUGGAGAACCUGCUGGCAGCGGGCAGCCACAUGCUGAGGGAAGUGCUGGAUGGGCCUGUGGUGGACCCACUCAAGAACCUGCGGUUGCCCGGGAAGCUGAAGCCCAACAAGAAGUACAGCUGGAUGCACAAGAAGGAGGAGCGGAUGUAUGCCAUGAAGUCCUCCCUAGAGGACAUAGAUGCCCUGGAGCUGGACUUCCAGAUGCGGCUGGCCGAGGUCCAGCGUGAGUACAAGGAGAAGCAGAGUGAGCUGCUGAAGCUGCAGUGGCACCGGGACUCCGAGGACAGGCAUGAGGAACCCCAUAGAAGCUUGGCACGCAGAGGCCCUGGCAGGCCGCAGAAACGGACCCACGCCCUGAGCGCCCUGUUGCCCCCCCGCAAGAGAGGGAAGUGCUGCAACAGUGGCGGAAAGCUGAGCAGCAAGUCUCUGCUGACGUCAGAUGACUAUGAGCUGGGAGCAGGGACACAGAAGAGACACAAAGGGCCCGAGGAAGAACAGGAUGCCCACAUUGGAAUGGGGAGCCGGGGGAGGAGCCAGACUUGGGAUGAACCUGAGACCUUGUCUGACUUCAUAAGUCAGCUAAAAAUUAAGAAGAAGAAGAUGGCCAGCUACCAGGAGCAGUUGGCAAGCAAGCUCGACAAGGCCCUCUCCCUCACCAAGCAGGACAAGUUGAAGUCGCCCUUCAAGUUUUUGGACAGUAGUGGGUGGAAAUCGAAAACUGGCAGGGGCUGUGGCAGGUACUUGACUCCUUACGACAGCCUGCUGGGCAAGGAGAGGAAGGCGCUGGCCAAGGGCCUCGGCCUGUCUCUGAAAUCCUCCAGAGAAGGUAAACACAAAAGGGCCGCCAAAACCAGGAAGAUGGAGGUGGGGUUUACGGCCAGAGGCCAGCCCAAAUCGGCCCAUUCCCUGUUCGCCUCAGAAGUGAGCAGCUACUCUUACAAUACGGACUCAGAUGAAGAUGAAGAAUUCCUGAAGGACGAGUGGCCCGCCCAAGGCCCCUCCAGCUCCAAACUGACGCCUUCCCUCCUGUGUGGCAUGGUGGCAAAGAACAGCAAGGCGGCUGGCGGCCCCAAGCUGACCAAGAGGGGCCUGGUGGCACCCCGGACUCUGAAACCCAAGCCGGCCACCAGCAGGAAGCAGCCAUUCUGUUUGUUGCUUCUAGAGGCCGAGGUGCGGUCCUUCUUCAGCGACUCUUCGGAGGAAUCGCUUGACCAGGUUACUAGCUCCAAACGCAAAAUAGCUUCCGUGUUUCCUAGCGAGGGAGUGAGUGCGAGUGAGCGAGAGGGAAGCGAGUGGGCGUGCGGGAGAGAUGGUGGAUGA